UCCACUCACCCAACCUUUCCUGUUCAUGUAUACUUUCCUCUACUGCUUUUCCGUUUUUGGUUCCCUCACCAACAAAUCCAAUAGUUUCGCAUUACAUCUCUAGGCAAUGAACUUCUCAAUACCUACAAAUUGAUGUGCAUAUCGCCUCUCGAGAGCUUUCACUUUUAGGACUCGAUCCCGUUGCCGAUUCAUUUCCAUUUAGUCGCAUUGUGGGGACUUAUUCCCUUAGAUGGGCUGUUUUCAUUCUAAAACAAGAAAGCAGUUUCCUGGACAUGAAGACCCUGUUCUACUUGCUUCCCAAACGGCUUUUAGUGUGAGUGAGGUUGAAGCAUUAUUUGAGCUGUUUAAGAGCAUUAGCAGUUCUGUUAUUGACGAUGGACUUAUUAAUAAGGAAGAACUUCAAUUGGCUUUGUUCAAGAAUAGGAAAAAGGAGAAUCUCUUCGCAAAUCGGAUUUUUGAUCUAUUUGAUGUGAAGCAAAAAGGUGUAAUUGAUUUUGGGGAUUUUGUUAGAUCACUCAAUGUUUUCCAUCCAAAUGCUCCACAAGAGGACAAAAUCAAUUUUUCAUUUAAGCUAUAUGAUAUGGAUGGGACUGGAUAUAUCGAACGCCAAGAGGUUAAACAAAUGUUGAUUGCACUUCUAUGUGAGUCAGAGAUGAAGCUCGCUGAUGAAACUAUUGAGAUGAUAUUAGAUAAAACAUUUGUGGAAGCCGACAUCGACCAGGAUGGAAAAAUAGACAAGUCAGAAUGGCACAACUUUGUGACUCGAAACCCUUCGUUGUUGAAGAUCAUGACACUCCCAUAUCUGAGGGAUAUAACUACGACUUUUCCUAGCUUUGUUUUCAACUCAGAGGUCGAUGAAGUUGCCACAUAAUUAUUGAUGCGACCUACCUGUUUGUGAACCAUUAGUUUGAGGAUAUAUUAAGUUCUAGUUACAGCACGCAUUGACAACUUUGAAGCGAUAUGGCUCUCAAUGGACUAGGCGGAUAUUGCUGCCUUGUGAUUUUUGAUGAGGUUGUGGCUGCGUGGAAUUUAUCACCUUUCUCCUCCCUCCGCGCCCCUUCAACAUUUGUAGAAUCGAUAUGUGCACUGACCUGCCAAGAAGGAUUCGUGCAACAAUAGAACCCACAUGUUGCAUAGAUUGGAUUGUUUGUCUUAACGACUGACCUUAGACUAGUAGACCUGAGUGUAUUACAAGAGAGGCUGUAGAAUGUAGUGGUCUUGUGUUCUGUCUUAACCAUAACAAUUUUCUUAUUCAUGAGUGGCUCUAUAUUUAUAUACUUA